AUGUCGCGUUUUGUCCAGCUUCCCGUUCCCGUUGGCCGCAGGGUUGGCUCGGCAUUGUCGGGGUCCGCGACAGCCUCCGCCUCCGUCGUCUCCAAGACGCCCAGGCGAAACAUCCCCCAAGAUGCCAUCUCCAAUCCGCAUCAUGUAACCAGGAAUGGCAAAAUAGUUCGGUUCAAGAACCCUUACCCGUCCUUCUCUCAUGAUAUCAACCCGUUCAUUGUCGCACGGGCCAUGCUCUGGCCUGCACUCACUGGCAAGCGGAAGUUCCCAAAUACAUCCAAUCCCGGGAUACGAGUUGUGAAGCCGCAGUGGCCGUCUGGUCAUGAAAGCUCAAGCAAGCUUCGUGCCAUCUGGUUGGGUCACGCUUGUUAUUAUGUCGAGUUCCCUUCUGGGCUGCGUGUGCUAUACGAUCCCGUAUUUGAGGAGCGGUGCUCUCCGCUACCAUUCAUGGGACCAAAACGAUACACUCCAGCGCCGUGCACCGCCAAGGAUAUCCCUCUUGUAGAUAUUGUUGUCAUCAGCCACAGCCAUUAUGACCAUCUUUCCAUCAAGACCGUCCAAGCGCUCAAAGACCACCACCCUAACGCGCACUUUCUUGUUCCACUAGGCCUCGAAGCGUGGUUCCGCCAUCGCGGGCUCAAAAACGUUACAGAGUUUGACUGGUGGGAGGAUGCCGAGCUCACCGUCCACACAGACGACGGGGACAUUGCUGCUAAGGUCUCGUGUUUGCCCGCACAGCAUGCCACAGCGAGGUCACUCUUUGACGAGAACAAGACCUUGUGGUCCUCAUUCGCCAUCACCUCCGGCGGUAAGUCGGUUUGGUUUGCUGGAGAUACAGGAUAUCGUGGCAUCAAGGAAAACCCAGAUGGUGCCGGCUACGAUGCCGACUUCAGCCACCUCCCUCAUAACCCUCAGUUUGAGCAGAUCGGCAAGCUCCGUGGGCCAUUCGACCUUGGCUUGAUCCCGAUUGGAGCGUAUUCGCCUCGGAUGGCAUUUUCCGCUGUUCACGGCAACCCGUAUGAUGCAGUUGAGAUCUUCAAAGACACCAAGUGUCAACGUGCGAUGGGUAUUCACUGGGGCACGUGGGCGUUGACGUUGGAGGACGUUCUUGAUCCACCCAGGUUGUUGAAGGAUGCCCUCAGGCGUAGUGGAAUUGCCGAGCAGGGCAUUUUCGACGUUUGCGACAUUGGAGAGAGCAGGGAGUUCUGA